UGCCGCGACCAUUCUGUACCAACACGCCGCGCCGGUCGGUUUCACAGCGUUCCUCGUGUCCCCCCUCCGGUACCUACCACGAGGAGGUGCAGCCGUUCUCCAGCGAGCGAGGUCGCCUCCCCAGAGGGAUAAGAGAACCUGUCCUUGGGAACGAGGAGACGCCGCUAGUACCUUAUUCGCGCGAUCUCCUCUGUCCUCAUCAUCCUUCUGGCCGCGAAAUGCGAGUCGCGACCCGUGACGACAGGACGCCGCAGGACGGUACUCGGGAAGUGCUCCGGUGAAAGGUGCCGCGAGAGUUCCUUUUUUUUUCGAGAGGGCCCGACCUCACCGGGACCGGAGUAGUCUCUUCUUCUUCUACUACUUCAUCAUUCGGAUGCCGAAGCUUUCACGACGUCGUUCCGCGAAGAAUCUCUCACGAUCACUCUGUGAUCCUGCGCGGUCCUCGACUGGCGAUCUUUGACACUCUAAAUGAGCGUCGUUGAUGGACUCCGAAGGGAUUCCACGAUCACCUGCAAAACGGUGACAAAUUAAUUUCCAUUCCCGAAUUCAUGACUCACGGAUAGAUUCAACCAUUUUCGAGGAUUUCACUUUCUCAAAUCAAAAGACAAUCCCGCCUGCGCGAGCGAACUUGAAUUCGCGGCUCAACGGUUGUUCAACAAAGAUCCGAAAGGGAGCAGAUCGAAGAGUAAAGAACUUUCACGCUGCAUCCGAAGGCAAGUUGACCGAGGGACCAAUAAAUGAUGCACCUGGGUGACGCGCUCUUGGUUCGACUCGAAGCGUCGUGAGACGACAGGUUUCCAAAUAGAACGGGAAGCACCUGCGAGCGCUUCCGCGACGAACAGUGAGACACAGGUUCAACAUCUUCGACAUACGCCGAGUGGCAAUUAACGCGAUGCGCUGACGAUCGGACGCGCGUCCUCGUGGUUGUACAGACAAACGACUAGAACGAGUGUCCCUCUGGAACGAGGAUUUAACGGGGGUCUCACGCAGUUAGCUGCUGGUCGGCGCAGCUCGUUUGCGGGGCUCGCAGUGGCGGCUGCGGAGUUCGGCGGAAAUUAUUCCGUCAAGAUCGCAAUCGCGCUCUUGCGCGCGCGCCCGCGAGAGCAGCCCGCCCGGCGAUCAGGUUUCGCUGCGAGAAGAAAUCUCCUCACUCUUCCAGCGCGCUCGCCGUCGCGCCGCGCCGAAGAAAGAUCGCUAAGCACUCACCGUGAUCCUCGGGCUCGCUCUCGCGAGAGUCGGGACCGGGAGGACUAAUUAUGCGAGCUGGUGGGCACUGUGGGCCGCAAAAUGAGACGUGAAGCGGCGCCGCGUCGCGUCGCGGGCGGAAGAAGAGGAACGCCCUCGCCCACGGAGAGAAAAGGACUCGCGGCCGCGAAGAUCUCCGGCGAGAAGGGAAGGAAUCGAUCCCCAUUGUGAUCGGUAUUAGCGCGAGCUAGAGCGGAACGAAGCGAGACACCAGCAGUAGCGGGGUCAUCCCGCCGUCGCCGAGUCGAGCCGCGCCGAGCGAAGCCGCAAUUAUCUCUCUUUGGUAGCUAACGACCACGGCUCGUCCCAUUCGGUCUUGGUCGAUUUCAAGAUUUUUCCAAUUAUUAAUGCGGGCCCUUAGAAUAUACGGAUGGGCAAACCUGAAACAAAUGAAAGAGAUAAAGCUGUCUGGAAGAUUGAUUUGACGGAAUUACGAUCACUGAUAACGGGGGAGAAAGAUGACGAUGACGCGCGGCAACAGUCCACUCGUGGCCCUGCGAUCGCUGUUGGUCGUCGCCGUGGUCGCCGCCUCAACGGUACCGGGAACCUGGAUAAACUUGGGUCUACGACAUUUUCCGCAAUUGGAAGAGGCACAGACGAUGGAGACAUACGACGCGGGUGCUUCUACGAUUUGCGGCGGUCUGAAGGGCUUGUCUCAGGGCCAAGGGAAGCUCUGCCAGCUGUCGGUAGAUCACAUGUCCAGUGUAGCUAAGGGCGCGAAGUUUGGCGUCCUGGAGUGUCAGCAUCAAUUCAGGGAUAGACGAUGGAACUGCUCCACCGUGCACGACGAGACUGUGUUUGGUCCUAUGCUCCGAAUAGCGAGCAGAGAAACCGCGUUUGUUCACGCGAUUACUGCCGCCGGAGUGGUCUACUCCAUCAGUCGUUCCUGCCGCGACGGUCAGUUGUCAUCGUGUGGCUGUUCCAGGAGUAGCAGACCCAGAGAUCUAAAUCGAGACUGGAUCUGGGGUGGAUGCGGGGACAACCUGGAGUAUGGCUACAAGUUCACGCAGGCGUUCGUGGACGUGCGGGAGCGCGAACGCAGCUUUAAGAGGGGCAGCCGGGAACAGGGCAGGAGUCUGAUGAAUCUGCACAACAAUGAGGCCGGUCGCAGGGCCGUAAUCAAAAGGUCCAAGGUGACGUGCAAAUGUCACGGCGUUUCCGGAAGCUGCAGCCUCAUCACCUGCUGGCAACAGCUCGCCUCAUUUCGUGAAAUCGGCGACUUUCUGUUGGACAAAUACGACGGUGCGACAGAGGUCAGGGUCAAUCGGCGCGGCCGCUUGUCAAUGCGCGAUCCGAGAUUUUCCGUGCCUACUGCCAACGACCUCGUCUAUCUAGACGACUCGCCGAACUAUUGUCUUCCAAACGACACUCUGGGAUCACUAGGUACACAGGGCAGAGUGUGCAACAGAACGUCGUCCGGCAUGGACGGCUGCAAUCUCCUCUGCUGCGGCAGAGGUUACAACACGCAGAAGUCGACCAUCAGGGAAAGAUGCGAGUGUAAGUUUCACUGGUGUUGCUACGUCGAGUGCAAGACCUGCGUGAAGAAUGUCGACAUCCACACCUGCAAGUAGAGUAAAUAGCGCUGCUAUUUAUUUUUUAUAAACUAUUUUUCACCGGAGCUCACUCUCGCAUUAUUGACGAUGUUAUACGUGUAAUUAAGCGGCACGACGUGUCCCGGUGACAGUGGCAUUAUCGUCUCACAGCCAGUGAAUCCUGUUGCGAUACACAAAGAUACGUCGUGUACUCCGAUCUCUAAUAAUUAUCCAUCCUCGACGAAAAAUCCGACUACGCAUUAAACUUGACUUCUUCAGAAUGUAUUACGUGUAGAUUUCUAUGCAAUGUUAGAUUGUCUGUAUCCCGUCGAACGUCAGUUUGAACAUCUACAUUCGCAAGUCAGAAUCGAUUUCACUGAGACAGCAUGAAUUAUUUGCGGCCUACAAAAAAAGAAAACUUAAACGAAAUAAGAAAUUUCUAUUGCGUGUAUUCGUAUAAAUUAAGCGCUUCGCGAAUGUCUCACCAUUAUUGAAUUAACGCGAUUUUCUACUGAAGCUGAGAUAAUUUAACUCUGCUUCCUGUGAAAAUAUCUUGCGUUAAAUGAACGACGUUACAAUAGCUAGUUAAACGAUUUUUAGUACAUAUGAUAACGCUAAUGCGUUGAAGCGGAUAAUAUCCAUGCCGUUUUAGGAACGUAUCCUGCAAACAGGAUCUUUUUAACAUGGAUGAAUAUUUAUUAGCGACUCGAUUAUGCUGUGUAAUACACGGAUAAGUUAUUUUAAAUUUUUUAUAGUAACGUUUUACGACACACACAUAGCCAUAGAUGUAAAUUAUUCGAAGUGUUCAUUGUAUUUCUAUUUAUUUGCAUUGAGCGAGCAAUUUAGUCUAGUGACCCGCAUAACGAUGAGCGCAUAAAGGUGAGCGACACUGAGAUACAUUGGACCGAUACUUAAGAAUACCGCAACUGAAGUAUCAAUUAUAUCUUAAUAUAGGAUAUAUCGUUAUUUCACAAGUGUCGGUAAUAUAAAAGGAAAAAAAGAUUUCAGAUAACUUGAGGAGAUCUGAAGUUAUUUUUUUAAUUUACAUAUACAGGAUGAAACAGGAGUACCUCUGACAAUUGCACAGGCUUGUAAGAGAGUAUACAAGCUGUAUUCUCAUAUAUACUAUAUAUUAAUAUUUCUUAAAUUCUCGGUUCCUUGUGACAAAUUCACUAAAUCUUCAGAAUUAUUUCUGUAUCAACCUAUAUAUGUACAUAUAUAUAUACGUAAUUUAAAUUUUUUAUCUUUAGUCAUUAUGGUAAAUCACUUAACAACAUUCCACUUGUAUCACAGAUUUAUCUGAUGGAAUGUAUUUGCCUUGGAUAAUAAGAUAAUAUGUAAGUCAGCUAGCAUUGUAUUUCCUGUAUGCUAAAUGUUUAUUUAAUAGCAAUACAAUUAUUUAUUUUUACUCCUAGAUACUGUAAUGUACAAAACUUGACAUUUCACAGUGGACAGAUAGUGGAAUAAUAAAAUAUCGUACACUGAUCACUAA